CGAUCCCACGUGAUCUCAUAAGCACUCCUCCAAUGAGAGAGAGCAGAGGGCGGGCUUUCACUGCCGACAGCCAAUGUCGUGCCACGUUUGUAAUACGUUACAUAGCAUUAGUCGCAUCCGGGUGAGCGUCUUGUGGUUCGCUCAGGUUUUACUCAGAAGCUUGGCUUUCGGUCUUCAGGAUGUACAGAUCCUUUCGGGUGCUACUGCAGGUGCUGUGGGCCCAGCUUCUCUGUGGGUGGGUGCUGGGCUCCGAGCUAACAUUUGAGCUGCCAGACAACGCCAAACAGUGUUUCUAUGAGGACGUCAUCGUUGGCACCAAGUGUACACUGGAGUUUCAGGUUGUGACCGGUGGCCAUUAUGAUGUGGACUGUCGUUUGGAGGACCCAGAUGGAACCACUCUCUACAAGGAGAUGAAGAAGCAAUAUGACAGCUUUACCUUCACAGCAGCCAAGAACGGCACCUUCAAGUUCUGUUUCAGCAACGAGUUCUCCACCUUCACACACAAGACAGUUUACUUUGACUUUCAGGUUGGGGAUGACCCUCCACUCUUCCCCAAUGAGAACAGAGUCACUGCUCUUACCCAGUGUGAGUCAGCCUGCGUGUCCAUCCAUGAGGCCCUGAAGUCAGUCAUCGACUACCAGACACACUUCCGCCUCCGUGAGGCCCAGGGACGCAGUCGGGCAGAGGACCUCAAUACCCGUGUUGCUUUCUGGUCUAUUGGAGAAGCCAUUAUUCUUCUGGUGGUCAGCAUCAGUCAGGUGGUCCUGCUGAGAAGCUUCUUCUCUGACAAGAAGACGACUACAACACGAGUCGGAUCGUAACAGCCUCUGAUCCUGGAUUCAUUACUUUCUUUAUUCGUACCUUGGCUUGUGUGCUUAGAGUGUGUACGAAUAUCAGUGCUGAACUAAAAUUGGAUCAUAUCAAACUUCCAGGUAGUACAAUCUGACAUGUUAUCCUUGUUCAGCACUGGCAUUCUAGCAAACUUUAUGCAAAAGAGGUUUGAGUAAAAAGGUUGUAUGUGUUAAGAAAUUUUUUUUGAGGUGGUAAAAGAGGAGAAACCUGAAGAAAGGCUUGCAUGUAACUAUCUGUAUUGGAGGUGGUUCAGGCAGCUGUGCACAUAGUUACAGCAAACUUACUUCAAAUAUUCUUAAUGAUUUCUAAAUGUUUUCUUAUUUUAUUUGUGUCCUUUACUCCCACCCCCCAUCAUCUCACAUCGUCUCCCCCAGAUCUGUUCCAUUUUUCAGCCAAAACUGUGCACUGAAAUAACCACGGCAGUAGAAGUUAUGACUAAAUGUUUAAAGUAGGGAGAGCAUUCGCUCUCUAAACCCACAUUGGCAAGGCAAAAGAUUUGGUUAUGAAAAAUCUGUGGCAUCUUUUUCUUUGUUAUUAAAUCUCACUGUAUAAAGUGAGAAAGGCUCGAUAUUGUGUUUGCUUUUAUCAGCUCUGUCAUUUCCGAUGAGUUAUUAACUGGGAGUGUACUGUACAGAGAGUCAGCCAUCUUAUAAUCUAAUAAUACCAUGAAGCAGUUUGCAUUUGGGUUGAGGGAUACAAUUUAGAAGUGCAGAUGGUUUCCUGUUAGUGUCUGCUGCCAAAUCCUUGAAUUGGAUUUUAGAUUCCAUUUACCCAAAGACGCAUGGAAGCAAAGACGUGCUUCUGUUUGAUCACACUUUAAUAAAGGUUGGGGCUUCUUUUUUCACAUCUAUGUGACUUACUGCGGGACACAAAAAAAUUACUAACAUUAUUCUUGUGUUUUGAAAAUGACACAUUUUGCGUCAGGUGGCAAUGCCAGCAUUUUGAAGUGCACCACCAUGUUAAAUGUUUUUGUCUUUCACUGGUUCCCUUGCAAUGUCAUGUCUAAUUCUGCCUUUGCUGUUGGAAGUGUAACAACUUAUUUAUCUUGUGGGUCACUGUUGUCCUCCUGUUUUUAUACAGCACUGUUGUAAUAUCCAAGAUUUGUUUGCAAAAUAAUGCUUGAAUGUAAGAUAAUACUUGUAACUAUGAGUCAUAGUUGUAAUUUUGUCAUCCCCUCACUGACCACUUAAGAUUUGGACAGUUAAUAUCUAAUGUCUCUGUUUAUUUUCCAGUGUGAUUGUUCAUUUUCUCAUCAGUAACACUCAAAGAAAAAUUCAAAAAAUAAAUGGUUAAUUCUUAAGAUUUUAGCUAGAUAAUAUGAGCAGGUAGCGCUAAAUAUGAUAACUGCAGGCUUGGUUCAGCCUGAUAGUGUCUCUUUGGCCAGGAUUCGCAUGAAAGUUGUUCUUUCUCAAAAUCUGACAGCUCUUAGUCAUAGUCAUUUUGAUUGUUGUCAUUGUUUAUUUGUAGAAUAUUCACAGUGCACAACAACUAUGAAUGUGACUUAGAUCUGAUCACCUGUUGACAAAGCCAAGAGACUUGAGAAUUCUGCUAUAAUUGUGUCUUUUGUACGAAUGAAAAUGACAGAUGUUGACACCUAACCCAUAGAAACACACAACACGUAUUUGACUUUAUACUGUGGUGACGUGGAAAACUGCUAAAACACCUGUUGUUAUUGCCAUUUUUUAAUUCUGGGCUUGACUGUUCUUCCAUUGUUCUGCUUCCCCCCUUUCACCAUAUGCUCAUUGAUAGUUUUGUUAAGUGGUGCACUUUUUAAAUUAGGUCAUCUUUGGACACAGGUUCAGCUUUGAGGUAUUCUGGGAAUUUGUUAAGUUAUUGGGAUGGCUGAAUAAACUUUCUGUUAAAAAUG